UCUGUUCUUCCAAGUCAAAUCACUAAUCCCGCCCAGCGUUACAUUAAGAACAACAAAAACAGAUGCCAUUUUCAAAAUUUGGGUAUAAAAAGGGUGUUUUAGUGCCAUAUUUUCCAAACCAAAAACAGAGACAAUAAACACUUAACAGAGGUGAGUUUUAGUGUUCAUCAAUGGCGGGUGAGAUUCCAGUUGUGAGAUUUAGUUCACACAAUUUGCAGAGCGGAGGGAGGAAGUGGGGUUCGACGAGGGAGAAGGUCCGGGAAGCACUUGAAGAGUAUGGAUGCUUUGUAGCGUUGUACGACAGCGUUUCAAUGGAGGCGAGUUCUUUGAAGAUGAUGGAAGCCAUGAAGGAGGUGUUCGAAGUUCCAUUGGAGAGGAAGGUUCAGAAUGUGUCUGAGAAGCCUUUCCAUGGCUACUUUGGGCAGAACCCAUUGAUGCCUAUCCAUGAAAGUAUGGGCAUUGAAGACCCUCUUCUUCCCUCCAACAUCCAAUCUUUCUCCAACCUCAUGUGGCCCUCUCGCCCAAACCCUCUGUUCUGUGAAAACCUCAAAUCCUACGCAGAAUUGGUGUCCCAAUUGGAGCAGACGGUGAAGAAGAUGGUGUUCGAGAGCUACGGCCUCAAAAGCCUCUUCCUUUCACACACCCAAUCCACUAAAUAUCUUCUCCGGAUGAUCAAAUACAGAGUCCCACAUCGGAACGAGAUGAAUUUGGGGGCUUUCCCUCACACCGACAAGAGCUUCCUCACCAUUCUUCAUCAGAAUUCAGUAAAUGGGUUACACAUUAAGACCAGAGACAACAGAUGGGUUGAAUAUCAGCCUCCUUCUGCUGAAUCUUCUGCCAAAUCAUUCAUCGUCAUGGCUGGAGAUGCCUUCUUUGCGUGGAGCAAUGGGAGGAUAUAUUCGGCGCCACACAGAGUGACGAUGAGUGGAAACAGAGAGAGAUACUCAGUGGGGCUGUUUUCGUUCAACGAUGGGAUCGUUCAGAUUCCAAAAGAAUUGGUGGACGACAAACAUCCGCAGCAGUUUAAGGCGUUUGAUCAUCAAGAUUACCUUCGUUUCUACAGCACUGAGAAAGGCCAAAGCUCCCCUUCUGCUAUUAAAGCUUAUUGUGGCGUUGCAAAUGGCCUCCUUGAUUCACGAACUUGCAUUCCCAUGCAUUAACUAUUAACCCAUCAAAUUCCCAUUUUCAGAUGCGCUCUGUGUAUAAAGUUAUGUAA